GGAGGGCAGUGCAGAAGUUGUGUAGCACAACUGGUAGUACAACGAGUGAAACCUCCUCCAUCAUGAGUUGUGGAAGUGGAGAACCUACAACAGUGAAGACAGGGGAGGCUCCUGCUCCUGAUUCAGCUCCAGCCAAACAGGGCUGGAAGUGUCCCCUGAGCGACGCUCACGUCCACCGGGAAGAUGUGAGGAAGGUGUGGAAAGAGUGCCAAGAGGAAAGCUUCUGGUAUAGAGCUCUCCCCCUGUCUGUGGGCAGCAUGGCUGUCACUGGUGGUCUCAUCUACAACGGUGUUUGGAAAUCGUCAGCAAGGUUUGGCCCUUUUCCAAAGCUAGCAGUUGCGGGUCUCCUCGGGUUUGCAGUGGGAAAAGCUUUGUAUGUUGGAACUUGUCGUAGCAGGUUCCAGGAGCUCGGUAUUAAAGACGGCCCUGGAACUGGGCCCUGGUCCAGAAGAGGUCCGUCAGGUCCAGGACUCAGACAGUGCCAACAUGAGUGUGAUGAAUGCAAGAAAAAACCUCAAGCUGCACCAGCAGAGGAAGUUUAAAGUUAAAUGCGCACAAAGCUAAUCUCAACAGUUCUAUAAAAAUGAGACCCCAGCAUCACCAUGGAAGGAAGCAGCUGUGUGUGUUUACCUGUUGCAGCAUGUAUGGAUAUCGAAUGUGAAUGAACUCCAUGGAAGCUUUCUAGUGUCCUUUUGUUGUGUGUGUGUGUGUGUGUGUGUGUGUGUGUGUGUUUUUUUUUGUUUGUUUCCUUCUUCAUAAAAUCCAGUAGAGGGCGCAAGAAGACUUUCAGUAGAACUGCAAAUGUUUUAUUUGUUUUAUCUGAGUACCUUAAAUGCAACCUUGUAAAAAGAGUGCAAAGUCUCUUUUGUAGGUUUAAUUAUUAUCAACAUCCAAACAAACAGGAAACUUCCUAUGAUAUAAUCUGAGUAGGUAACCUGUGCUACCCAUUGUUAUUGUUUUUUGCCUGCUGAGCAAAUGAUAAAAACUUUGCCAUUUUCAUCUAUGUACACUGAGGAGAAAUGUGUCAUUUUGUGAUGUUGAAUCAUCCUCCUAUUGCAGCAUUACACGCUUAUGACUUUA